UGCCAGCGGAGCACAUGUGGUCACAGCACAUCGCAAUGCCACUGCACUUAUGUCAUUGUGCCAGAGACUGACCUCGCCGAGGCUCUCAAAGAGGGUUGCUUUCCUGUUGUGCAAUUUAAGCACGAUGCAGGUGAGGACAUCGAGAUAAUAAGGUAUGAUCCGUGGGAGUACGGCCCUGCAUAUGACGCUUUUUCUCAUGUCUGGAGUGACGGGCGAGGAAAUGAACAAGGUGACGCCUUACCUCUCUGUCGGCUC